AUGCAGAAAGAGCCUGUUGAAGGUUUUACUGUAGAAUUGAUAGACGAAAGCGAUGUUUAUAAAUGGAGAUAUUAUAUCAAAGGCCCUAGCGAUACUCCCUAUGAAAACGGAAUUUAUCAAGGAACAAUUGACUUCCCAGAAGAUUAUCCAUUUUCCCCACCAACAUUAAUGUUUACAAGCGAAUUCUGGCAUCCUAAUGUCUAUACAGACGGAAAAGUUUGCAUCAGUAUUUUGCACCCUCCUGGAGAAGAUGAGAUGAGUGGAGAACGUCCUGAGGAACGUUGGAAUCCAACACAAACUCCAGAAACGAUUUUACUCAGUGUCAUUUCUAUGCUGUCUGAUCCAAAUUUUUCAUCACCUGCUAACGUUGAUGCCUCUGUCGAAUGGAGAAAGGAUAAGAAAAAGUUUUUAUCAAGGUGUAAAACAUUAGCCGAAAAAGCAAAUCAAGAUCUUCCUCCUGGAUUUACAAUGCCAGAACCAUUUAAAUACAAGCCAGAGCCAUCUACUCCUUUGCAUGUAGAUGAUGAAGAUUUUGAAUUUGAGAUUGAUGAGGACGACGAUAUUGAUUUGGAUGAGGAUGUUGGAGAUUUAGAUGACGAGCUUAUUGCGGAAGAUGAGGAAUAA